AUGGUGGGGCAACGAGGCGGCUUGCGGGAGGUGCAUCUGGUUGGUUUCGCCGAGGCCUUACAGUGUUACGAUCUCCACGCUUCAGCACAGGCGCUCGAGCCGCCUGCAUUUGGGUUGACACAUUCUGCUGAAAAGUUCAUGCGUUCAACGGUCGAUCUGGCACGGAGGAAAUGGCGAGAAGCCCAAAAACAUGACGAACGACCAGCAAUCCUGGCUUUUGACCAGUUGAGCCUGCCCGAAGACCUGAUCGACUUGCUCAUUGAUAUGCGGAUAUACUCCAAUGACGUCCAUGCCUUCGUGACAGGUGAUCCGGCUCCCAAUGCACGCGAUAUGUCUAUGUUUCGGAAUUUGUUGGUGCACCAGCUGCUCUCGCUACCUAUGUACGACUACGGCCGGUCUCACGCACCGCCAUAUGCGCGAAAUGCUAUGGUGGAAGAGCUAGUAAGGGUUGGGGCACUUGUGUUUGCUUACGGUGCGUUGUACCCAUCGCCGCCAUGGGAGCCCAAGGAAAAGCUUGUCGAAAUGCUUCAGAUGAAGCUCGAGGCAGUUGUGACGCAGGGGCUGGACGCCUGGGCUCACUUGGAGAUCGGUCUGCUAAUGUGGCUCUCAAUGAUGGGCUGCAUGAUGGCCGUAGGCCCUGAUAUUCAAGAUGAUGCCCAUAAGCUUCACGAAUUCGAGGCUGGCUGUGUACCGCAGGACGUGUUUUUCAAGUUGCUGGUGUGGUGUCAGCUCCGCCUUGGUUAUGUUGAAUUUGGUGAGAUGAAGCAGGAGAUGGAGAAGUGGCUCUGGUUGGCAGAGGCCUGUGACGAAGGCGCCAACGAUGUUUGGGCACUAGUCAAGCCGGUAGACGCAACGACACUGGAGAGGAUGGAAGAUGAUGGACUGAAAUGA